GACACGAGAGCAGAGGCCGACCCCCAGCUCCCUGCAGCCUCCCUUCAGGCAGUCAUAGAGAGCAGUGAGGUCUCCCCUGAGCUCCUCCUCUCCAGGCUGAACAUUCCCAGCUCCUUCAGCCUCUCCUCAUCAGCCCUGUGCUCCAGACCCCUCACCAGCUUUGUUGCCCUCCUUUGAACACGUUCCAGGGCCUCAACGUCUUUCUUGCAGUGAGGGGCCCAAAACUGGACACAGCACUCGAGGUGCGGCCUUACUAGAGCUGAGUACAGGGGCACAAUCACCUCUCUGCUCCUGAAGGCAGCGCUGUUUCUGAUGCAGGCCAGGCUGCCCUUGGCCUUCCUGGCCACUUGGGCACACUGUGGGCUCAUAUUCAGCCCAGCAUCCAUCCAUACCCCCAGGUCCAUUUCCUCUACGCUGUCCUCCAGCCACACCGCCCCAAGCCUGCAGCGUCGCCUGGGGUUGUUGUAGCCCAAGCGCAGGACCCGGCAUUUGGCCUUGUUGAAACCCAUUCCAUGGGCUUCAGCCCAGCUCUCCAGCCUGUCCAGAUCCCUCUGUGUGGCCUCGCCAGCCCCUGGCAGAUCCACACUUCCAGCCCAUUUGGUGCCAUCUGCGAAUGUACUGAGGGUGCACUCGAUGCCCUCCUCCAGGCCAUCAAUAAAGAUCUUGAGGAGGACAGGCCCAGCACCGAGCCCUGGGGCACAGCGCUCACGACCAGUUGCCAGCUGGGUUUAACUCCAUUCACCGCUGCUCUCUGAGCCCGGCCCUCCAGCCAAGACUUCUUGCUGGCUUGGUCGGCGUUGUGCGAAUGGCUUUGCAUCCUUUCUUCUUUGUUUUCAGGUUCCGUCGGAGGAGCCAGAGGAGGAUGGCGUUCCACUUUCCAGAGAUACAGAAACACUGUCCGGGCAUCCGUGCUGCAGCGCGUGAGAGGACGUGGAGGAAGAUGCCCUACCAGAAACCAGAUAAGCACAGUCCACAACCAGCCCACAAUGGUGCAGCAUGUGGGAGGGGCUGUAGGAGCAGGGGGUGCCAGUGCCCAGACUGCCGUUAUCGUUAGCCAGCCCUCCAUGGUCCAGCGUAAGGGAGGAGCUGAUGGAGGUCGGGGUGCUGCUACCCCCAGAAACACUAAGACAGAUACAAAUCUUGGCCAGCCCUCCAUGGUCCAGCGUAAGGGAGGAGCUGAGGGAGGUCGGGGUGCUUCUACCCCCAGAAACACUAAGACAGAUACAAAUCUUGGCCAGCCCUCCAUGGUCCAGCAUAAGGGAGGAGCUGAGGGAGGUCGGGGUGCUUCUACCCCCAGAAACACUCACAUAAUCCAGCCUGCCAUGUCAAAGAACAAGAGAAAAGCCGUGUUUGAGAACAAGAGAGAGGACACGUUUCAGAACAAGAGAAGAGCUGUAGGAGGACUGGGAGACAUGACCCAGAGAAAUACAGAGCAUGGCCAGGCACCCAUGGUGCAGCACACGAAAGGAGCUGUAGGAGGUCGGGAUGCUGCUACCAUGAGAAACACUCAGACAGAUACAGAUCUUGGCCAGCCCUCCAUGAUCCAGGAUAAGGGAGGAGCUGAGGGAGGUCGGAGUGCUGCUACCCCCAGAAACAAACACAUUAUCCAGCCAGCCAUGUCAAAGAAGAGAAAAGCCAUGUUUGAGAACAAGAGAGAGGCCGUGUUUGAGAACAAGAGAAGAGCUAUAGGAGGACUGGGAGACAUGACCCAGAGAAAUACAGAGCAUGGCCAGGCACCCAUGGUGCAGCACACAAAGGUUGCUGUGGGAGGUCGGGUUGCUGCUACCAUGAGAAACACUCAGACAGGUACAAACCUUGGCCAGCCCUCCAUGAUCCAGGAUAAGGGAGGAUCAGUGGGAGGAUCAGGAGACAUCGAUCAGAUAACCAGCAUGCUCAGCCAACUAUCCAUGGUGCAGCUCACAGAAGGAGCUGUAGGAGCAUCGGGGGACAGUAGCCACAUAAAUAAACAUCUCAGCCAGCCCUCCAUGAUCCAGGACAAGGGAGGAGCUGUGGGAGGUCGGGGUACUGCUGCCCCCAGAAACACUCAGACAAGUACAAAUCUUAGCCAGCCCUCCAUGAUGCAGGAUAAGGGAGGAGCUGUGAGAGGAUCAGGAGACAUCGAUCAGAUAACCAGCAUGCUCAGCCAACUAUCCAUGGUGCAGCUCACAGAAGGAGCUGUAGGAGCAUUGGGAGACACAACACAAAGAAGUACCAAGCAUGGCCAAGCACCCAUGAUCCAGGAAAAGGGAGGAGCUGUGGGAGGUCAGGGUGGUGCAACCCCCAGAAACACUCAGAGAAAUACAGAUCUUAGCCAGCCCUCCAUGAUGCAGGAUAAGAGAGGAGCCGUAGGAGGAUCAGCGGACAUUGAUCAGAUAACCAACAUGCUCAGCCAGCUAUCCAUAGUGCAGCUCACAGAAGGAGCUGUAGGAGGUCAGGGUGCUGCUACCCCGAGAAAUACAGACAUUAUCCAUCCAGCCGUGUUAAAGAACAAGAGAGGAGCCGUGCUCGAGAACAAGAGAAGAGCUGUAGGAGGAUCGGGACAUGCUGCACCGACAGAUACAAAGCUUAGCCAGCCACCCGUGAUGCUGCACACGGGAAGAGCUGUAGAAGAAUGUGGUGCUAGCACCCGAAGGAAGAGAAAUCCUAUCCGCCCAGCCGUGUCCCUGUAUAAGGAAGGGGCUGUAGGAGGAUCUCAAUCUCGUGACCAGACAGACACAAAUCCUAGCCAGGCCUCCAUGCUGCUGCACAAGAGUGGAGUAGUAGGAGGAUCGGGACAUUCUACUCCGACAAAUACAAGCCUCAGCCAGCCGUCGGCGCUCCAGAACACGAUAGGAAGUGGAGCCGGAUGGGGGGGCACUACUACAACAAGUACAAACGUCAGCCAGCUACCCGUGAUCCAGCACACGGAAGGAGCUGAAAAAGGAUUGGGUGAUGCUACCCUGACAGACACCGAUCUUAACCAGGCAGCCGUGAUCCAGCACACUGGAGGCGAUGGAGGACGUGUUGUUCGUGCCCGGAGAAACACAAACCUUCUCCCGCCAGCCAAGCUGCAGCACGAAGGAGGAUCUGCAGGAGGACGGGGCGCUCCUGCAGCCGUUGUGCAGCCUCCUGUGCUCCCAAAGAGCUCCUCGGGUGGCAGCCGCGAUGGAGCAGGACUCUCUGGUGCCUCCGGUGUUGGAGCUGCAGGCAAGAAAGGCGCAGCGUCCUUGCAGAAAGCGAGCUCUGCAUUAAGCGGUGCAAACCCGGCUGGUGACUACGGAGAUGAACGGCAGAGACUUGUGGACUGGGUAGCAGAAGACAUGGUGACCUGGGAAUCUUCUGGACAGUGGAUGUUUUCAUGUUACUGUCCUGAGAAGGGCAAGCCUAAUGUUUCAGACUUUCCAGAGAUCUCCCCUGAGGAGCUGCGCCUGGGGUAUUACAUCUGCAGAGCCAAGAAGGGCACAGGACUCUACAUAAACGCUGUCCAUCAGUAUGUGCAGCAAUGGAGAACCAGGCUGCAGGAGCUGAAGGUUUUAAACGCCUGGAGAACAGCAUCGAUGCUCCUUUGGAGAGAGAAAGCGGACACUCAACCAUUACUGUUUCUUGUAUUGGGAGGACAGCAAGCCCCAAGCCCUGGGUUCCCAAGCUCUCCAGCCAACAGCCGCAGUCCUUCAGUUCCAUCCGCAGCCUCCCUUCACGCUCCUGGAGCGGCCGCUGGCCGUGGACUGUGGGGCUUCUGGGCCCUGGGAGCUCGGCUGCUGCAAACCCUGCCCGCACCGCUCCGCUUGCUGUCGCUGCUCCCAAGGCAGCUGCAGAGACUUCUCAGCCGGGAGCAAGCAGCGCUUCGGCCGCACCGACAGCCGGUGCCUCUGGACACAGCGCCGCGUCCGCGCCUCUGCAUCCCCACGGCAUCAGAGCAGGCAGCUCUGCGCACCGAGGAGGGAACUGAGGGCCGGAGAGCUGGAGCAGCGAAGGGCCAAGAAGAUCAGGCAAGGAAAGAUCCCUGAGACCACGAUCAGCAGACCUUUAUAUGACAAGGAAUGGAGUUAAUUCUGAACUUAUGAGCCUUAACUCCAAAGGCUAUAAGUCGAUUUUGAACUUCUAGGCCGUAAUGCCAUAGGAUCUAAGUCUAUUUUGAGGCUCUGCGCCAUAAUUCCAUAGGAUCUAAGUUAAUUCUGAAGUUCUGUGCCCUAAUUCCCCAGUAUCUAACUUAUUUCUGAAGUUUUAUGACUUAAUUUCAUAGCACUUAACUUAAUUCUGAAGUUGUGAGCCUUAAUUCCAUAGAACGAAAGUUGAUUUCGAAGCUCUGUGCCCCAAUUCCGUAAGAUUUAAGCUAAUUCUGAAGUUAAGUGCCUUAAUUGCAUAGCAUCUAAGUUAAUUCAGACGACAAAUGCCUUAAUUCCAUAUGAUCUAAGUUAAUUCUGAAGGCAUAUGCCUUUAAUUCCAUAGCACCUAAGUUAAUUCUGAAGGCAUAUGCCUU